ACAAUCUUUGGCCUCAUUAUGAUCACUAUUUUUUAAGUCUUUCGAAUUCUCUCAUUGAGACCAUUUUUUGGAGAUGGGCCAUGGAAAUCCUGGAAAUAGGGAAAUUCAUUGGAAAAUCCAGGGAAUCAUCAUGGAUUUCGAGGUUAACUUCAUGUUUUGGUCUAGAGGCUUUGUAGAGCUGUCUGUGGAGGGGGACAGGUGGAGAUAGGUGAGGGUGACACGUACGUUAUUUACGGAGUAGACGUGAAAAAACGUGAAACUUGAGGCUUGGGAGAGUAGAAAUGGCCAGGUACUUCAGGGAGCAGGAUAUCGAUGAGUUUCGCGAGUGCUUUUACCUGUUUGCUCGCAGUGGUCAGAUCAAGACUCUGGAUGAGCUGACUAUCAUCAUGAGGUCCUUGGGACUCAGUCCCACUAUUGCUGAGUUGAAUAAAUAUCUGAAAGAGAAGAAUGGAAAAAUGUCAUUCGCUGAUUUUCUGGAGGUGAUGCACCUCCAGACACGAGCUGAAGACCUCCCCAAGCAGGUGAUUGAGGCAUUUAGAGCUGGUGAUGCCUCGAGAAGUGGAACCAUACCAGCCAGACAAUUAGCGCACAUGCUCCUUAAUUGGGGUGAACGAUUGAGCAACAAAGAAGUUGAACAAAUAUUUCGAGAGGCCAACGUCUCCCUCAAUGGGCACGUGAAGUACGAGGACUUUGUCAAGAUCGCUUGUGCACCAGUACCUGAUUACUACUAACGACGGAACAAAAAUAUUCUUCAAUUUUUUUACCAAAAUAUUUGGGUGUAAUGCGUUGAAUUGUUAAAUUAAUUCCAAGUGCAUGGAAAAUUCAAUCAAACUUGAGAUUAUGAAUUUAUGCAGUGAUAAUCAUUUCUUUGUGCUAUGGAUUUCAAGUACCCAAUAAAAAUAGUAAUCAUGAUAA